CAGGCCUUCCGACGGAUGCCUUCCGAGGGUCAUCAGCGGGAAUUCGUCGGCCAGGCACGGUCUUGCGAGAGCACAAGACGUAUGGCAUACGUGAGCCCGCAACCGCAUCGGGCGCGUGUUCUUCAUUUGUAUUCCGCGGGGGAGAGACAUGAUAGGGCGCAAUGGGGAAAUCACAAAAGAACCGUGCAGAUAAGCCACGCUCACCUUGACGUGGUGGUCUAUAAAAGAGCGGACGCACCUCGCGGCCCGAUCAAAUCGUACGAAAUGUCCCGCUCGGUCGUCGUCCCGCUCGUGCUCCUCGCGCUCUCGCAGGCGGCCUUCGCCACCACCGUCGACGUGUCGAAGACGAAGACCGUCGAGUUGCAAUUCACCGACGAGGAUAUCGUGCCGAAAACGGAAUUGAAAAAUCUGGUGCCUCAAACGUACGCUAAUGGAUUCAUCGGAGAUCUCGAGAUUGGAUCACGACUCAGGGAUGAAACGAUCUUUCAGCGAAUCAUCGUAUUCAACAAUCCGACGGAUUAUGUUCAGAGCAGCGAACUGAAAGUGAAUGGCCCAGGAAUCGUGCAUUAUAUCAAUGCUCAGAACUUCCAAGGCAGCUACGCAGUGGUGUGCGACCAUUCGGACGCUCUAGGAUCAUCCAGGAUCUAUUUGACUAUUCGCGUCAAUCCCCAAACGAAAUCUCGUAUCUCUCUAUUCGUAGCAUUGCAUUAAUAAACGUGCGGCAAAAUGUCGUUUCUCAUUCUUUUGCUACCGUAGUUUGACCAUUGUGGGGACCGAUAACUAAAUUGCGCGAAUCAAAGCAGCAUACAUGCGACAAGCGAUAUAUAUUCAACAGCGAUUAUUUCGAUGCGAUAAUUCUCUUUUAAUACAGGACUGAUACCGAUUUCGAGUCAGUUCGAGUUGGGGAGCAAAAAAAAAUAAUGCUUAUCGCGCGCACACGUUCUUCGCGUGUACUUCUGUUGCGCGAAAAAUGACGAGAAGAAAGGCGCGAAUUUGUUUUUCCUCUGACGACUAAUCGAGCGCAAUGAGAAAUUUCUGUAUACGUUGUCAGACUCUGCUAAAAGGAACGAGAAUCGAUCCUCACGCAUCGACCACAGGUAUCGCCGCCGUUGUAUCACAAUUCGUUCGUGUGCAUGAGGAGGAGGAAUAGUUACAUUUUUAUCUCUCGAUUUGUAUCAGCUCGCAUUAUAUAGUAGUUUCAUCUAGACUUUUGCCGCCAUGUAAGUCGUCCGCUUGUACUUUGCACAUUCGUUGAUUGCGAUGAAUACGAAAUAAAGCUAUGCCGCUUCACCGUCGA